UGCCUUGUGGACCAAAGACUGUUGCAUCUGGUCAAGUUCCUGUUUUAAAAAAUGCAAACUCCUUUUGAUAAAAAAAAACAAAUAAUGUCCAUGUUUUAAGGACAGCGGGCUUGUGCUUUCCAACUUGCUAGUUUUUCACGUUUCCUACUUUGUGACUUGUCUUGUAAAAGUGGGGAUCAUCUGGCCUGUGGGGGUCCGGGCUCCGGCCCCAGCCCCGGCCCCCGACCCAAAGAUGCGGCGCUCGAGUACAGACGAGACCCCGUACCGCCGCAGUCCCUCUCUGGACAGCAAACCGGGCUCUCCUCCUCUGCGCUACAGCGGGGAGUACGAGUACCACAGCUCACCCUUCAUCUUUGGCAUUCGCACCACCCCAGGGUCGCAGAAAGCGAAAGCCAGCUACACCACAGCACAGGGCAGAAAGUAUGUGGUGUUUUACCUGGACCUGUCCUUCAUCUUCCUCCUAGAGCUGCGGCGCUGCAGGAUGGCCGAGGGAUGCCUGAGGGCCCUGAGAUACGGCAUGGUGUUCUUCAAUCUGCUCUUCUGGCUGGGCGGCUGUGGGAUUCUCGGAGUGGGAGUUUGGCUUUCCAUCACCCAGGGAAACUUCGCCACCCUCUCAUCCUCCCUUCCGUCGCUCUCGGCCGCUAAUCUGCUCAUCGCUGCGGGAAGCAUCAUCAUGGUGAUUGGCUGUCUGGGGUGUGUGGGUGCGGUCAAAGAGAACCGUCCGUUACUCCUGAGCUUCUUCAUUCUGUUGCUCCUGAUAUUAUUGUUGGAGAUUCUGUUCAUGAUUCUGUUCUUCGCAUAUCAAGAUCAGAUUGAUCUGUAUGCGCAGAGUGACCUGAAGAAGGGGCUCCAGCUGUUCGAGACGGACGGCAACAUCGGCCUGACCAACGCCUGGAGCAUCGUCCAAACCGACUUUCGCUGCUGUGGAGUGACCAAUCACACGGACUGGUUUCACGUGUACAACGCCACGCGUGUGCCGGACUCCUGCUGUCUGGAGUACAGCGAUAACUGCGGCCUGGAGAAUCCCGGCACCUGGUGGACGGCUCCGUGUUACGAGCGUGUGAAGGGAUGGCUGCAGGAUAAUCUGGUGGCGCUGUGGAUCUUCGCUCUCUGCACGGCUCUGACACAGAUCCUGGGGCUCGUGUUCUCCAUGACCAUGUUCUGCCAGGCGGUGAAAGCGGACACGUUCUACGCAUAGAGACCCGUUCCAGCCCGUUCUGCUUCAUCUUCACACACGUCACUCUCUAUCGCUGUAGCAAUCAAGCCUAACAUUUUGCUAACGCACACUGAUAUUUGCAACAUGAUUUUAUAAUUCAA